ACUGUUGUCAAAUAUAACAUCGCUUGUCGAGUUUACAACCUCGAAACUGCUAACGAAAAUACACAGAUCUGUAGGCCUUUCGAAAGAUACGCCCGACAAAAUCGAUCAAACGAUUAAUGUGUUUUAAGGCUGUAUUUGGGUUUUAGUGUGUUGAGUAGAUUUAGGCAUGGUCGAAGACCCUGAAAAUGCAUAACUGACCCUUUCGUGGCUUUGGAAUGACCAGUGAUAUCUCAGCAGAAACAUGAAUAAAUUAUUGUAUUUACUCAUAUCAUGUUUUGCUGCUAUACAUGGCUUUUACACCGAGCCAUUAGGUUGUUUCAAAAAUAUUCCUCCACUUAGACGGUUACCGUUGACGACAGUGGAGACAUACACUUCUUGCCAAAGUUUUUGCUCAGAGGCGUUUUACAGGUAUUUUUACUUUUACAACGGAUCGUGUGGUUGUCACACUUUUCUUGGCGAACAAAUAGCCGCUGUGUCUUGCGAUAAGUACUGCUCCAAGAACAAGUGUGAGAGCAAAAUUGAUUUCACUAAUGUUUACAACACUGGAAACUUAGUACCUGGACCGCCGAAUAAUUUAUUGGUCACACGCAUAACCACCAACAGCUGUAGGGUUGAAUGGACGGCACCUGACUCCUAUGUUAGCAUUUGGACGUAUAGCGUUAAGGCCAUCGUGCUUAAAACGUUUUCAAGUUACCCUGCAUUUUCCCAACAGUGGACUUUUGGAAAUAGCACGUUUCGAGCUGAGAUUCCAGACCUUCUUUCAGCCACACGGUAUAACAUUACUGUUUCUGCAUCGUCCAGUGAUGGCGAGGGAUCUAGGGCCUAUCAACUAAUUAUUACCAAAUUGGCAGAGCCAGAAUAUCUGCCGCCUGAACCUGAGGUACUUGGGAAAUAUGGGAAUACAAUAUUAGUGAGAAUGAGGCCAGUGAUGAACAAUAAUGGGCCAAUAAGCGCAUAUAGAAUUGUAGUUGUAAAAUCUAACGAUAACCAAGCGUUUCAAAAGGAUAACGUCUUGUCCUAUUCAGAAUCCCGAGAACAAGGCCUCAGCUACUACAUAGCUGCAGAAAUCAGUCCUAAGAUAACUGGUCUAGUAUUCGACGUUGGUGAUGGUAAGAACUAUGGCUCGUUUUACAACGCCCCAUUAGAUCCUGAAGAAAAGUAUGACAUAUUAAGUGGUAUAGUAAGUAAUUUCAACUGUGAAACUAAAAUUGCCUACAGUCAGGCCAGUGGCUAUUAUAAAGGGAUUUCAAUUCUGAAUGUCCCUUAUCAAGACACGUCAGGUUUCGAAACUAUAAUAAUAGUGCUUUGGGUUGCAAUUGGUAUUUUAGGUAUCCCGCUGUUGUUAAUAUUAGGGGCGAUGGCAAUUAUAAAAAUUAAGAUUUAUAAUAGCCGCCAAAGACUUACGGACAACCAAGAACUGACUUUACAAGGACCUAUGAUUGAAGUUGAAAACAACGGUUAUAUUCAUGAAGAAGAACACAUUCCUGCCAUUUCGCACUACAGAAACUUGAAGCAAAAAGUUCGAAUAAUUCCUUCUAAUCAAUUGAAAAUCGAGCCAACUAAUUUGCUGGGAGUGGGAAGAUUUGGAAAAGUCAAUCCUGGAACUUUGCAUGAAAACGACGGCAUGACUACAGUCACAUGCUACAGCAUUUAUGACAAGAAAAUGAACCAAGACAUCCGCAAAAGUAAAAUGUUACAAGAACUUGAUAUUCUAAUAAAAACUGGAAAGCAUGAAAAUAUUAUAAAUCUCAUUGGAACUUCGGAAACUCGUGAUCUCGUGGUGGUUGUGAUGGAACACAGUUCAUUGAAUCUCAAAGCUCUACUGCUGAAGAGCAGAGAUAAGUUGCCUGGAAAGUUUAGCACCAUGACUGAAACCCAAGCAUUAGAAAUCGUCUUAGGAAUAUGUAAAGGAAUGGCGCACCUUCAUUCCCUAAACAUAAUCCACAAACACCUUUGUGCUAGAAGUAUUCUAAUAACCAACGACAAUUUACCAAAAAUAUGCAACUUUGGAAUAGCGGAGUAUUUCAGCCAUAACAAAAUUCCUGAUUAUACUAGAUGGACAGCAUUAGAAGUAUUGAAAGGCAAUGCUCAGCAUUCGAAAAGUGAUGUGUGGUCAUUUGCCUGUGUUGUGUGGGAGAUAAUGGCAUUAGGUGGAACUCCAUAUGGCAACAUUCCUGAUGAUAAUGAUAUAUCGGAAAACUUGGUGAAAGGUGUGCGGUUGUCUCAACUCAGCUAUGUUAGUGAUGAUUUGUACCAAAUAAUGUUAGACUGUUGGCAGCUAAUUCCGGACGAAAGACCAAAGUUUAUGGAUCUCGUGGCCUCACUAGAGAAUCUCAAAGAUAGCCAUUAUAUUCCGCCAAUUAGUUUUAACGUUUUUUCCAACUUUCAUUAUGAACAGUUUUACCCCAACAUGGAAUUAUCUGUUCGGCCGCCAUUUUAAGACGCUAUUGUAUAUUUUUGCAAAAGUACUUAACGUUUACUAGUGAGUUAGUUUUUAUUCGGAUGACCAUUUUAAUUUUUAAGAGUUUCAUGACUGAUUUUUAGUUCGGAAUGCUUAUCGAUUGAUUUACGGUAUUAGUGCAUUUGCUGGAGACUCGUAGAAUAGACACUGCCUUCCUUGUUUUAUCACCAUAAUUUAUACUUUCCGCAGAGAUUAACAAUGAUGGAGAUUGCAUUUACUUGGAAAAUAUUUAACUGCAAACACACCCAUGUGGCAAUCAACAAUAAUGUGGAAUAAAAAUAUGUAAUUUCCAAUCAAACUUCAGCCCUUUGCUAAAAUGUCAGACAAAUUGCUUUUGAACAGAUAGAUAUAUAUACCUAAUAAGAGGUUAAAUUUUAAAAUGAAUAAAAUUAUAUUGUAAAAAUUAAAGAUCCAGUGAAAGAAUGCAGAAACAGAAAUUUCCAAAAAAUACUGAUGUGACAUAAUAGUUUUACUUGUUGGGUUAUUGGUUUAGAAUUAGUAAUUGGACACUUUCAAUUUUUUGUACCUUUCUAUUAAUUACUAGGAGGUGUUGUAAGGCAACUAAAAGGUGUGAUCUUCAACAAUAUUUAUUCGAAAAAUAUACGAUAGAUGCAUUACAAAA